AUGGCUAAUGCUAAGCUGAUCUGUGCUCUCUUGCUAUGCAUGGUGCUCUCUGCCCCCAUGUUGAACGUUGAAGCCUCAGUCCCAUGUCAUACUGUAGCCCGUAACGUGCAAAAUUGCUUUCCCUACCUGAGGAAAGGUGGGAGAGUUUCUCGCGAUUGCUGCAACGCAGUUCGGUUUGUUAACAACUCCGCUAGAACCACCAAGGACCGGCGAGACACUUGUAAGUGCUUGAAAAGCUUGUUCAACCAGGUUGGUGGUCUUCGUGUAGUCAAUGCUAGGUUUGCAGCUGCUCUCCCUGGCAUCUGCAAAGUUAAAGUUCCUUACCGGAUUAGCAACUCCAUUAACUGCUCUCGGAUUAAAUAG